CAAAAUUUGCUUGCCAUAUGCAGGAAGAGCAUGUGUUUCUCUAGUCUUGGUUGGAUGCACAAAUCUUCUUUUAUGUGCAUUGCUUCGUGCCCUGUUGCCUAGACGAUCACUUGCUUUCAUUGAGGAUGUCUGGCUCUCGUAAAGAGUUUGACGUGAGGCAGAUUUUAAAAAUCAGAUGGAGAUGGUUUGGUCACCAGUCAUCAAUCCCUAAUUCUGCAGUGGACAGCCACCAGGGAGACUUCUGGAACAGAGGACAAAAUGCAACAACUGGUGGGACAAAGUUUUUAGAUCCAGGUAACCUACCAUUACCUUUGGCAUCAAUUGGUUACAGAAGGUCUAGCCAACAGGAUUUCCAGAAUUUGCCUCCUUGGCCAAUGGCAUCCACCUCUGAAGUCCCUACAUUUGAGUUCACAACAGAAAACUGUGGAGAUGCGCGUUGGCUUGACAGACCAGAAGCAGAUGAUGGAGCGAGUGAAGAAGAAAAUGAAUCGGACAGCAGUUCAUGCAGGACUUCCAACAGCAGUCAGACUCUAUCAUCUUGCCAAACUAUGGAGCCUUGUACAUCAGAUGAAUUUUUUCAGGCACUCAACCAUGCUGAACAAACCUUUAAAAAGAUGGAAAACUACCUGAGACACAAACAACUAUGUGAUGUGGUAUUAGUUGCUGGUGAUCGCAGAAUUCCAGCUCACAGAUUAGUUCUCUCCUCUGUUUCGGACUACUUUGCAGCCAUGUUUACUAAUGAUGUAAGAGAAGCAAGACAGGAAGAAAUCAAGAUGGAAGGUGUAGAGCCAAAUGCACUGUGGGCUUUGGUUCAAUAUGCGUAUACAGGUCACCUUGAAUUAAAAGAAGAUAAUAUUGAGUGCCUGUUAUCUACAGCUUGCCUUCUCCAGCUCUCUCAGGUUGUGGAAGCGUGCUGUAAGUUCUUAAUGAAACAACUUCACCCAUCCAACUGCCUUGGAAUCCGCUCUUUUGCUGAUGCACAGGGUUGCACUGACUUGCACAAAGUGGCUCACAAUUUCACCAUGGAGAAUUUCAUGGAAGUAAUUAGAAACCAGGAGUUUUUAUUAUUGCCAGCUGCUGAAAUUGCAAAGCUUUUGGCAAGUGAUGAUAUGAAUAUUCCUAAUGAAGAAACUAUACUGAAUGCACUGCUUACUUGGGUUCGACAUGAUUUGGAACAGAGAAGGAAAGAACUUAGUAAGCUGUUGGCUUACAUUAGGCUGCCUCUGCUUGCUCCACAGUUUCUGGCAGACAUGGAAAAUAAUGCCCUCUUUAAGGAUGACAUUGAAUGUCAAAAACUCAUUAUGGAAGCAAUGAAAUACCAUCUGUUGCCUGAGAGACGACCCAUGUUACAAAGUCCUCGCACAAAGCCUAGAAAGUCUACAGUAGGAGUGUUGUUUGCAGUUGGAGGAAUGGAUGCAACAAAAGGAGCUACGAGCAUUGAAAAAUAUGAACUGCGUACCAACAUGUGGACUCCUGUAGCAAAUAUGAAUGGGAGAAGGUUACAGUUUGGAGUUGCAGUAUUAGAUGAUAAGUUGUAUGUUGUUGGUGGUAGAGAUGGACUGAAGACAUUGAAUACCGUGGAGUGCUACAACCCCAAAACAAAAACUUGGAGUGUAAUGCCACCUAUGUCCACACAUCGGCAUGGCCUUGGGGUAGCUGUAUUGGAAGGUCCUAUGUAUGCUGUAGGAGGGCAUGAUGGUUGGAGCUACCUGAAUACAGUAGAAAGAUGGGAUCCACAAGCUCGUCAAUGGAACUUUGUAGCCAGUAUGUCAACUCCAAGGAGCACUGUUGGUGUAGCAGUAUUAAAUGGAAAACUUUAUGCAGUUGGUGGUCGGGAUGGAAGUUCUUGUCUCAAAUCUGUGGAGUGUUUUGAUCCCCAUACUAAUAAAUGGACUCUCUGUGCUCAAAUGUCAAAGAGAAGAGGAGGUGUGGGAGUAACUACUUGGAAUGGGUUCCUGUAUGCUAUUGGUGGGCAUGAUGCUCCAGCAUCAAACUUGACAUCCAGACUGUCAGACUGUGUGGAAAGGUAUGAUCCAAAAACAGAUGUGUGGACUGCAGUGGCCUCCAUGAGCAUUAGCAGAGAUGCAGUGGGAGUGUGUCUCCUUGGUGACAAAUUGUAUGCUGUUGGAGGAUAUGAUGGGCAAACCUAUCUUAAUACAGUGGAGUCUUAUGAUCCCCAAACGAAUGAGUGGACACAGGUUGCACCAUUGUGCCUAGGAAGAGCUGGAGCAUGUGUUGUGACUGUAAAACUCUAAUUAUUUUGUAUAUGAAGAUACUAGUCUCUUCCAUAGACUCACUACUUUUUUCUCAAGUGAAUGAAUACGUUACCAGUAAACAGAGGUACUGUAUGUUUUCUUCAGAGCUAAGUGUUUGGUCUUAAGAUAGCAUACAGCUAAACAAUUUUGAAUGGACCAAUAAUAAGCACUUUUUUAAAAAAAUUACCUUAUGUUACAUAUACAUACAAGAACUGUAUUUGUAAGCUAUUGUACUACGGUCAGUUGAUUGCCAACAAAUACUUUCUUAUGAGAAAGUGCUAAGAAACUGAGUGAGUCUAUUCUAAAAUAAUUGAAUGUUACAGAUUAAGGACCCUGAUCUUGCAAACAUGCAUGAGAGUGACUUUAUUCACAGAAGUAGUCCCACUGAUUUCAAUGGGCAUAAGAUGUUGCAGGAUCAGGCCCUAGAUGUUUAAUUUGCCUAUACUGAAGGUGUUUUGCUGCAGCUAUGUAGGAUAUUAUUUUUUAGUGCAGACAGACAAACCAGUGCAAAUCAGUUGUAAAUGGCAGGCAUAUUUCUUGCCUUGAAGAUGAAGGUAUAUAUUUGGUGA